AUGGCAUCACUUCACAGCCAAGGACCCUGGUCCAAAAGAGACAUUCUGCGGUUACUGCAAGGCAUGGAGGAUAACGUCCUAGCCAAUGACUUCCGAGGAUUCAGAAGAACCCUGGCAGAUCUGAAUUGGAACAAAGUAGCUUUUGAACAUUUUUCAGGAGAAAUGUGCAAGCAAAAGUGGUUGCAGAUUUCUCAUAAAUUGAGGAAGGUCCGCACACUGACAGAAUUAGUGCUAGACGCCAAGGAACAUGUUAAACAUCUCAGCAAAAGUGAAAAAUACAAGAAGCACCCUGACUUCCCCAAAAGGCCCCUGACUGCCUACCUGCGCUUCUACAAGGAGCAGCGGGCCCAGUACAGCCAGAUAUACCCUGAACUCAACAAUCUGCAGCUGACCAAAGUCCUGUCUGAAAAAUACAAGCAGCUCCCGCAGAACAUCAAGGAGAGAUAUAUUCAGGACUUCCAGAAGGAGAAACAGGACUUUGAGGAAAAACUGGCUCAAUUCAAGGAAGACCACCCAGAUCUAGUUGGAGAUUCUAAGAAAUCUGUGGUGCUUAGAAGUCACCAAACCAAAGUCCUUGAGAAAUUACAAGGAAAUAAAAAACAUGUGAAGUCUCCUCCAGAAAGUAAAUUUCCCCAAAAGGUGCCAUUUAAGGGAAAACCCAAGAAACCGCCUAUGAAUGGCUAUCACAAAUUUCACCAAGAUUCAUGGUCAAGUAAGGAGCUGAACCAUUUGCCCCCGAGGGAGCGCAUGGUAGAGAUUAGCAGACGCUGGCAGCGGGUUCCACAGAGCGUAAAGGAGCGUUAUAAGAAUCAGGCUGAGGAACUGCAGAAACAGUACUGGGUGAGCCUGGACCUCUGGCUCAAGAGAUUGACACCUGAAGAAUACGCUGCAUAUAGAGAGACAGAGGCCACCUGCAGCAAGCGAAUGAACUUGGCCACACCAGGAGGCCCAAGCCCCAAGAUCAGACGAACAGAUCUGAGGAUCUCAGCCAAGGGAGUGCAAGAACGCCCUGGAAAGGAGCAAAGACUGCUGUCUCCUGGGACAGAUUCCUCAGAGACUACUCAGGUUCACUAUGGUGUCUCCCAGGGAUCAGGAAAGAAUAUGAUGAAAGAUGGGAAAGAGGAUGAAUGGAGCGAUGCCUCAGACUGCCGCCUAACGGGUGAAGAUGAAGGUGAUGAGGAUUCUGAGGAUAGUGAGUCUAAUUCAUCUCUCUCAGGGGACUCCUCAGACUUAGACUCCAUUUGAGCCAUUCAUUUCCUAAAUUGAAUUUCCAAACUCUCCCAGCAAAACACAAGGCGGAGGGAGGGAACUGUCCUCUCUGAGCCUUUUCACUCCCUUGCUUUUCUCUCCUACAUCCUCCCUUUGCUUCCUAAAUACAAAGGAGUACAGUUUGGAAGAAGGGAGUUUGUCCCAAUACUGCUUACAUCAGGUCCACUAGCUUGGGAAGAAGAGACCCUUCUGAGGGAACACAAC